AUGGCUGAGGAGGAUAAGCUCGAGGCCAAUGCUCAGCCGGUGGAGCUCUUUGGAUCGGUCGACCAGGGUUCUCCGGUGGAGCCAAUUGCGCAUAUCUUUGGCUUCCUCACCGGCGCCAUUGCGUCCCGGCCUCAUCUUGCUGUGAUGCUCAAAAAUGGUGCGUUGCCGGUCUCCGAAAUCCUCUGCUCGUUCACGAUUCCCUUGCGACUGUCCGAAAACGAUGGCCAUCCUGCAGUCUUGCUCAAAAAAGUAAUCGGCCAUCAAUUCGAGGCUGUCGAAAAUGUGGACGAAGUGUCUGUUGUUGAAUCUGAAGACCAUGCGAUGGGACGGACCAUUGAGAUCGACGAGCAAAUCAGUCCUCAAUCCAGGAGCUUUACACCCAUACAGAUGGACGGAAAGUUCAAGGGGGUUUAUCUAGCGGCUCAGCCGCCCGGUGUGAGGAAGGAGCCGUCUCAGGCCUGCGACCCCGCAUCGCUCUGGGAGACCUACAUAUCAGAAUACGUCUGCUUGGACCGCGAAAUCCCGUCCACACUCGUCAAAAACGGCCGGCCAUUCAAUAAGGUCUUCUACGACUCCGCAUCUGAGACGGUCAUUGGGGCCUCCUAUCUCAAAACCGCUUUCGCUAACUUUGACGAGGAGGGCAAUCUUAUGUGGCAGCCUGAUGGUUGGUUGUUGCUUGUUUUUGUGGGGAUCUUGCAGUCAAGUAACGUGACCUGA